AACCGAACGGAAAAACCAUUGACACCCGUUACAACUCUUAAGGCUAUUUGAAGCAUCGGCAUAAUAGACAACAUUCAAAAUAGAGCAGAGACCAGAGUAAACGCAGUCAUGGCAUCCCAUCGAGAACACCCUGACAGACUCACGCAGUCGGGCAAAGAAGCAACAUGUACCGAGAACGAGCUGGCCCGACAGAUCGAAAGUGCCAAUGAUACUAAGAACGACGGGGAGAACAACUUCGUAUUCGAUUGCAUUACUUCACAAUCUUUCGGUGACUAUCUCGGAGAUACUGAUACAGACAUUGAAAAUUCCAAUCUCCCGCCUACUCGACGCUGGGUCUGGUACUGCAAGCUUCGCGCAUGUCCUGAUUACUACUCCGCCUGGUCUUGCAAGACCAAUUUCCUGCUUCACUUAUACGAAACGCCAGUCCACCGCGAGGAUGCUACUACAAGUACACGGAAGGGCCGACGUCAGUUAGCAAAGGCUUGGCGGGAGGAAACUGCGUUUGACCUUAGCGAGCCGAAGAAGACGCCACCCGAGGAGAGUAAUGGGGAGGAAUACAGAGAGAGUGCAGAGACUUGAUACCCUAAAGAUUGAAUGGAUGCUAUAUGCUAGUUAAUUAGUCCCUUUUGGGCUUUACGGAGGACAUUUAAUGUUCAUUUAUACGUUGCAGAUCCUGAAAAAAAAAGCAAAAUAAGAAAAAGAAUUCGUCAUUGUCUGGAAAGGUCUUUAGUUGA